AGUGAGAACUGAGAAGACUUUCGAUUUCCCUCUGUUUCUCCCUCCAAAUUGCCAAAACUUAAACCGCUUUUUCAAUCAGAGAGAGAGAGAGAGAAACCCUAGGCAUGGCGUCGACCUCGGCUUCUCGGUCCAGUGGUGGCGUCAGUGGCAGAAUCAGAACCGCAGCUUCCACACUCUACUCCGACAAUCAGUCCCUCAUCGCUGAAAUUCGAAAGGCGUUGAAUAUGAUGAAGGAAGUCGCAAUUGAUUUGGAGAGAGAUAACCAGUCUCAGAUGGUAAAGGAAAUUGAAAAUGCAGCUGUUGAGUUGUCGGGUAAAUAUGAACAGUCUACACAUUUUUCGACAGCAAUUCAUUCUGUUGCAGAUAGGUAUCAGCUUGGGCCAGAGUUAACCAAUUUUAAGAAACUGUUUGAUGAUGAAAUUGUGAAUCUCAAGGCUAAUUCAUCUUCAGUUCCAGAAAAUCAUCCUAUAAUACGCCAGUUUAGAGAAGCUAUCUGGAAUGUUCAUCAUGCAGGACAGCCAAUGCCAGGCGAAGAGCAGGAGGACAUUGUAAUGACUACUACCCAGUCCAACCUUUUGAAUGUCACCUGCCCAUUAAGUGGAAAGCCUGUUACUGAACUGGCAGAACCAGUUCGCAGUGUGGAAUGCAAGCAUGUUUAUGAAAAGAAGGUAGUCAUGGUCUACAUUCGGUCAAAUGCCCGUCAAUGCCCUGUAGCAGGUUGCCCUAAGAUAUUGCGGGCAGACAAAAUAGUAUGUGACCCAUUGUUGCUCAUUGAAAUUGAAGAAAUGCGUGCUAUGAGUAAACAAAGUGCUCCGACUUCAGAGAUAGAAGAUUGUACAGCGCUUGAUGAAGAAGAGGAUGACUGAUGAAAGUAGCUUCUGCAGCUCUGCUGGGAACUUCUUAUGAAUUUCAGGAUUUUGAAGAUCUCCACGACUUAAACUGAACUGGAUAUACCUGUAGUCCAUUCACCUUUGCAUUGCGCCAUUUGUAUUCUUCUACUCUCUUAUUUGUCCUUUUUUAGAUUCAGAUAUUAUAAUAUUUAUAUAGUCUUCUUGUUUAAUUA